AUGGACUGCAGAGACUCCAGCGAAAGUCAAUCAAAGUACAGAGGAAUCCGUCGCCGGAAAUGGGGAAAAUGGGUAUCGGAGAUUAGAGUUCCGGGAACUCGAGACCGUCUCUGGCUAGGCUCAUUCUCCACCGCAGAAGGCGCAGCCGUAGCGCACGACGUAGCUUUCUACUGUUUACACCAACCAAACUCACUCGAAUCUCUCAAUUUUCCUCACCUCCUUCCUCCUUAUAUCGCUUCCAGUAAUACUUCGCCGAGGUCUAUCCAGCAAGCUGCUUCCAAUGCCGGGAUGGCAGUUGACGCGGGGAUCGUUAACGGUAACGGCGUGACAGGGAACUCUGGGUGUGGACAUACGACGGCGUAUUGUGGGAAUGGAGGUGAAGUAAUGGAGCCGUUGAAUAUUUCGGUGUAUGAUUAUCUGGACGGUCACGAUCACGUAUGGUCUUCUUCUUUUUGAUUUAAAAGAUAAUACAGCUACUAAAACAGUGUUGGAGAA